GCAAAGGAGGGAAAUAGGUGCCUUGUUUUAAUCUCACUCGCUCUUUGGAACUCUUUCAGGUUUAUUGCUAAGCCGUGUGCCAUAAACCUUGGCAUUCAGGACAGUGGACCUCACAGAGCCCAGCCCAAUGCAAUUUUAGAGAAAGUGUUUACAUCCAUCACGAAGUCUCCAGAUGGAAAAAGAUUAGAAGGCUUGUCAAAGCAGCUGGACUGGGAUGUUCGAAAGAUCCAGCGCUGGUUUCGGCAUCGGAGGAACCAGGACAAACCCACCACCCUCACGAAAUUUUGUGAGAGCAUGUGGAGAUUUACAUUUUAUUUAAGUAUAUUUUUUUAUGGGAUCCGGUUUCUCUGGACGGCACCCUGGUUUUGGGACACACGACAGUGCUGGUACAACUACCCUUUUCAGCCUCUAGCAUCCAGGCUUUAUUAUUACUAUAUCUUGGAGCUGGCCUUCUAUUGGUCUCUCAUGUUUUCUCAGUUUACAGACAUUAAACGGAAGGACUUCCUGAUCAUGUUCGUCCAUCAUUUGGCUACAAUUGGACUCAUUACGUUCUCUUACAUGAAUAAUAUGGUGCGGGUGGGAACUCUGGUGCUGUGCCUCCACGACGCGUCAGAUUUCCUUUUAGAGGCUGCAAAGCUAGCCAAUUAUGCCAAGUACCAACGUCUGUGUGAUGCUUUCUUCAUGCUCUUCGGCGUUGUAUUCAUUGUUACACGGCUGGGCAUUUAUCCUUUCUGGAUUUUGAAUACAACCCUGUUUGAAAGCUGGGAGUUGAUUGGUCCUUAUCCUUCAUGGUGGCUAUUCAACGGGCUUUUGAUAACCUUGCAGAUCUUGCAUAUCAUCUGGUCUUAUCUCAUCAUUCGCACUGCCUACAAGGCCCUCGUGCGGGGAAAGGUAUCAAAAGACGACCGCAGUGACGUAGAGAGCAGCUCUGAAGAGGAGGAGGUGACUUCGAACAGCACAAAAGGAGUUUUCAGCACUUCGAGUAACGGCUCCAACCGCAUUAACGGCCACGUGGCUAGUGGCCAGUGGACAGAAGAGGAGUAAGGCUGUGGCCUUGAGCAAACACGAACUUAUCUUUAAAUAUCUAGCUGUGUUGAGCUCCACAUUCCCAAGUGAUCUUUAAUCAAGAUACCCCUUCCCCAGAAACCUCCAGCAAAUCGGAAACGGGCACAAACGAGACCAGUCAGAGGCUUUGCAGGACAGAAGGGAUAAAGCCAAUGGCUGGGACACAAACAACGCUGCAGAUUUCUCUUUAAGCCAUUUUGUACUUAAAUCUUAGUCCCACCGAUAUUUGCAGAGGUAUCUUUGUCACAAACUGGUUUUUACUAGGAUCAACUCAAGGAGGAACAAGUUUGGACUC